UUCAAAUUUUCAUGAACAGAAAUAAAUAACAACCUUAAAGAUAAACUGCUCCUUAAAGAAAAGCUCGUUCUGAACUCAAUGAGGAAUAGAAGCAAGAGAUUAAGGAGGCAUUUGAUUUAUUUGACACUGAUGGCACAGGAUAUAUUGAUGUCAAAGGUACGAUGUAAAUUCAUACUUUAUUAGAACUUAAGGUGGCUAUGAGAGCUUUGGGCUUCGAAACAAAAAAGGAAGAAGUCAAAUAGAUGAUUAAGGAAGUGGAUCGUGAAGGAAAAGGAGUAAUUGAAUUUCCUGAUUUUCUCGAAUUGAUGACAGUCAAAAUGGUAUCAUGGUUAAUAACUAUUUACAGGGUGAAAGGGAUCCAAGAGAAGAGAUGCUGAAAGCAUUCCGUUUGUUUGAUGAUGACAACACAGGAAAAAUCACAUUGAGAAAUUUAAAACGAGUUGCAAGAGAAUUAGGAGAAACAAUGACAGAUGAUGAAUUAUAAGAGAUGAUUGACGAAGCUGACAGAGAUGGCGACGGAGAAAUAAGUGAGGAAGACUUCAUUAGAAUAAUGAAGAAGACCAACUUAUUUUGAAAAUUAGUUAAUAUAAUUAUAUAAUAA